AUGGGAGCCCCUAAUCCCCCCUCCGCAGUCGUGCCAUUCCAGCCAGCGACCAGCAGCCGUCCCAGGCCUGCGUGUGGGCGUGGAGAAGGGGUCUUCCAAAUAUCUAACGCAGGCAAGUAUGAUUCUAUUUCACACUUGACAAGAUCUGAUCUGCCUAUCGCUUCCAGCAUUUCCUCGUUACCGCCUACCAUAUCUCAUCCACUAUCUGUUACGACCGAGCUAAGACGUCCUUUGGUCAAUGUACAAAACGAACGAAAGUUACGCAUCUUUUACCAAAAUGUUCGUGGACUCCGGACAAAAAUCGACACUUUCUUUCUUGCUGCUUCCGACUCUGAGUACGAUGUUAUCGUUCUCACUGAAACAUGGCUGGACGAUUGCAUUUUAUCGCCGCAGCUUUUUGGCAGUUCAUUCACUGUAUUUCGAAUGGAUCGCAGUAGGGUGAAUAGUCGAAAAUCGCGUGGUGGUGGAGUCUUGAUUGCCGUUUCCUCCAGGCACUGCUGCUGCAUAGACCCAGCACCGAUUAGUAACACGCUUGAGCAACUGUGGGUAAAAAUCCAACUGGAUAGGUCAUCCGUAAGCAUUGGAGUGUUGUAUCUGCCCCCUGAUCGUCGAAAUGAUCUUGAUGCUAUUCAGAAACAUGCUGACUCAAUUGGAUCCGUUCUAUCCCGUCUGAAUCCCCUCGACAUUGCUGUUCUUUUUGGGGAUUAUAACCACCGAGAGCUACAUUGGGUACCUUCGGAAAGCAGUGGCCUUGUUGUUGAUACAAGUAGAUCACGUUUAACCGCAGCUGAAAGUGCUCUGUACGACGCAUUCUGUUUCAACGGUUUGACGCAAACAAAUCCAGUCAAAAACGCUCGUGCUAGAACUCUCGACCUAGUGCUGGUGAACGAGCCAGCGCUUCAAAACCUUUCUGUGAUGGAGGCCGACGAUCCUAUGGUGAAAAUUGACCCGGAUCAUCCCGCUCUGGAUGUGACUGUGACGGAACAUGUUGAUUACGAUGUGUUGAACGAAGCGUUAUCAGCAAUUGACUGGCAAUUCAUCGAUUCGCAAGAGGAUCUGACGGACAUUGUCGACAUGUUUACCGCAACGAUUCGAACAGUAAUUGAAGCUCAUGUUCCACUGCAACGACCGCCGAUGAAACCUGCUUGGGCUAAUCGCCAUCUCCGUGAGCUGAAGCGCCGUAGACGAGCUGCUCAACGAAACUAUCAAACAAAUCGCACUUUUCUAGCAAAGCAACGGUUUAAACUCGCAAGCAACACAUACAUGUUUUACAAUCAAUUCCUGUACUCUCGUUACAUUGAGCGAACUCUAAAAAGCUUACGUCGACAUCCGAAAAAGGUCUGGUCUUUUGUUCGGUCUAAACGAAAGGAAAAUGGAUUACCAGCUUCCAUGUUCCUCGGUGAUUUGUCUGCUAGCACAGCUUAUUCUAAAUGCGAAUUAUUUGCUGAACAUUUUAAAGCCGCUUUUUCGUCUUCAGUUGCUACGCCAGAUCAGAUUGAUGCUGCAAUACGCGAUACUACGCAGGACACCGAUACACAAAAAAGGGGACAAGUGCAACAUAGCUAA